AUUCUCCUUUCCUUUUCGAUUCGUUCUCCAAAAGGGGUAACCAAGGGGCCAAUUCCAUUAAAAACUAGGCCUUUGGUGGUAUCCUAAUGGAUGGAUUCUGGAGGGAAGAUGAAUGUCUUUUCCGUUCUUUUUGCAACUUGUAUACUGGGACUCUGCCACUGCAAAAACUCCAGAUAUCCCGGCAACAGGCUCUUUAUCCAGAUAUUAGAUGACUAUACAGAGGAUGAAACUGUAAACUACUAUACCAUAAGGGAAACAAGGGGAAUUGGAUCGAGCGGUAAAAGACAGAUCUGGGAUCUAGCCAGUGGAACCGUCUAUGAAGCGGAGUAUACACAGCCAUCAGCUCGUAGACGUAAUACUGGAAAGGUAAAAGAUGUAGCAUUAGAAGAACCGAAGACUAAAACUCGUUCUAGACGGAGUAGUACUCUUGAUAUUGCCAAACCAGAUAGAAGCGAGUAUCGAUCCUUCUACUAUCACUUUUCCGGCAAUGCUAUGCAGUUAGUAGUCUCUAAUAAAGGUGUUUCUGUUAAAAAGUUGGUGGACGGGGGUGAAAAGAUCUGGAUUCCUUCAUCUGAAGAGACAUUCCGAUAUGCUAGGACAUAUCUUAAUAAGAAUAAGGAGCCAGAGUUUGUCAUUUUAGUAUUUAACACACCAUCUGGUAUAUCACGAAAGGAUUAUAUGAAUACUGAGAAUGGAUGGAAACCUUGCAUUAAUAGCGAUGCCAAAAUUAAGAACCCAGCGGCACCUAUACCUUUCAAAUCUAACUUUGAGCUUGAUCUCUCUGCUUCCAGGAAUACUAAAGAAUGCAGAAUCUUUGAAGUUGCUGUCUUGGGAGUGACAACUAGACAUUUUUAUCCUAAACCUGGCAACGUCGCUAUGAAAGUAAAGGACGGUACUAAUGCGUUAUGGACCGCUAAACUGCCUUCGCCUAAAAAGGGAAAUAACUUGGCACCGAGCAAAUCUAAUGCUUGCCUUUUUUGUCUUGUUUAUAAACAUGGCAAUAAGGAAGUACUGGAGAUUGUUACGGUAGAGAAGGACGCAGUAGAAAAAAAGUACUUUGAAAAAGUUGGCGGAACAUGGAAUAUGGUUAAUAGGGAUGUCUUUUUAAAUCAACUAAAAGAGAUGAAGGGAGUAUCUGGAUUAGCAUUUCUUGAUCCCACUUCCCCCUUUCAAUCCUCCAAAUAGUGACUCACGAACACUCUAAAUACACAACGCAGUAUGCCCUCCUACCCUUGGUAGGUAGUGCUAGGACCAAGGAACACACUUUUACUUGGUAAAGAAU